UUUCUAGACUUUAUGAACUUUUGUUAUAACACCUCGGUCCAUGCAUCAAUAAAUGAGACACCUUUUUUCAUGAUGUUUGGUCGAGACCCUAUUUUUUGUGUUGAUCAAAUCCUUGACCCCAGAAUUCAUGACCACGCCAGUGUUAUAGAUGAACCCGACUUUAAAUAUAAGCUCAUUCGGUCUCUUAGGAGUGCUUGGGAGAUUGCAGCGGAGUCGAAUAGAAAGGCGCAAGAAAAGAUGAAAAAUCAAUAUGACAAGUUUUUUAGGGAAUCAAGUAUAAAAAUAGGGGACAGAGUUCUACUUAGAAAUUAUACAGGAAAAAUAGGGACGGCUAAGAAAUUCCAACUACAUUGGAAGGGUAUCUAUAGGGUUAUUAAUCUAGAUGGUAUAUAUGCGACUAUAUCUAGUUGCAUCUCUCCAAACUCACCAAGUAAAACAGUUCAUAUUAAUCAAAUCAAAAAAUGUUUUGAGUACCUCGGUCCUCCUUGCACAAUUCCAUACGAAAGUGAAGAACAAAUUCCAAAAGAUAACCUUAUUAUAGAGGAUAAAAUCUAUGAACAUACCAGGGAACAAGAAAAUUCGAGACCUAAUGAACCUAAUCCCGAAACAGGUAAUCAUGAAGUAGAAGUCGUAAAACACUCACAUGGUUAUGAUUUACGUGACCGUAACAAGAUAACUAAACCAGGAAAAUAUAAAUAA